GCAAAAUUUUACCUUCUCAGCCUUCGUGCAUCCAGCUCCUGCUGCAGGAGAAGUGGUUUGCAUAUCAUGUGUUGGAGGUGCCAUACCAGAGCUUCGGGAGCCCCUGGCCAUGCAGCCGAACCAGACGGGUGACCGGAGACUUUGGCACGUCACAGUGCAGAUCAACGCCUCUACCAUCGUGAUGCCGGCGGCGCAACAGGCGCCCGCAAUCGUGAGCUUAGUGCUUGGCGCUGGUCUUGGUGGUCGGGGUCCUGCAGCUGCCCCCACUUUUGAGUUUAGUUACUGCGUGCAGAGCGCCCUUGGCGCGGUCGUGCGGCCAGCGGACGGUGUGAGCGGCGAACAGGGUGAACUGAAGAGCAUUUACUACCACAAGGCCCUCUUCGGUGCACCUGAAGGACUUCAGGAUGAUGGGUUCAAGCUCUUCAUCCAUGAUGAGAUUUUUCAGUUGCAGUCCAACCAGAUCACCACCAGGGAUUUCCAUCGUCACAUGGUGGCCCUGGCAGCAUCGAGCUUCAACAAGAAACGCUCGUUGUUGGACAGAGCCCUUGAGGACCUAAUCAACCAUUGGGGCAUGGAUAAUCCAGCUCCUUCACAGGUCGUCUUGGCUGUCGCUGCCGCCUUGGGCACGAUGAAGCGAAACACACAAGGUGUGUCGAUGUACGGCUUCGAAAACUUUGACAACGAGUAUGCCUUUGGAACUGGGAUGAGCUCCAAAGAGAAGGAGAAAGAAAAGGAGGAACCGCCAUCGUUGGUGGUUUGCAGAUGGAUAGUGAAACAUUGCCCCUCUCGCGCGGACGUGGAGGAGGAGCAGCGCGGUGAGCGCGAGCGAGGCCGCGAGUCGCGGUCGCUGGCCACCACCGCUGGGGUGCGCCUCGCGGCGGAGACGCUCUACAAGGAGG